GUGGUCAAUUAUUGAAACCCAAAGUUAUAAUGAGUAAUUGAAGUCCACCUUUUACGAUGACAAACAGUCAAUUUCCUCCUCUCUGUAGCCAACCACUUCAAGAACUGGGACGGUCCAGCCAUGGCGCCGCCGCGGCGGGAGGAGGAGGACGGGAGGGUGGCGGCGGCGCUGCGCGCGCCGGCCCACGUGACGGCGCGGGUGUUCGCGCAGCUGGACUGCAUCGACCUCCUCAGCUGUUCUCUCGUCUGCAAGCAAUGGUACCACGAUUCUGCAGAGUUAAGAGAAGAGUGGAGAAAGGAGUACCUGGAUGCUUGGAACCAGUUUGGAUUAUCUGUAAUGUGCGAGGCGCAACGGCCAUGCCCAACUUGCUCAAUUAAAAGCCUGCGAAGUCUGUGCCCUUGACCUUGCUGAUCUCUUCAUUGCUCAGCUGUCAUUUUAACAAGGCAGAAUGGAACGCUAGAUUUUAUUGUUCAUGAGCAUUGUUUCAAGGAGAUCAGUGUGGGCACUGAAUAGCAUGUAAGUUUGUUUCAGGGCUACCUGUAACAAGCUCAUGGUGAUAUAUGUACAUGGCAGAUAAAUUGUUAUGUAGUAACGUGGUGCAUAAUUGUUAUUGUGGAAAUGUACAUGUUUUGUGAGUGA